GUAGUAAUAUUAGCACUAUAUAUGUGCAGUUUGCUGCCUACAUGUGUUACACAACCAAACAAUUAAAGACAUAUUUAUAUAAACUGUGUUUAUUUGAUCAAUUAAGGAGAGAAGAAAAAAGUCUGAGAUGGGGCGUACACUUCCUCACGUAGUAGAAGACUGCCAUGGCCUCCUCAAGCUCUACAGCGACGGCUCAGUUUUCCGGUCCAAAGACGUCCUCAUGCACGUCCCCUCUCCGGUUCACGACGACUCUUCCGUCGCCUGGAAAGAUAACCUCUUCGACGGCGCCCGCGGCCUCCACCUCCGCAUUUACCGGCCGCGUUCCCCGGCGGAGGCGGCGGCCGCCGCCCUCCCCGUCGUGAUCUUCUUCCACGGCGGCGGGUUCUGCUUCGGGUCCCGCACGUGGCCUAACAGCCACGCCGCAUGCCUCCGCCUCUGCUCCGGCCUCCGGGCCAUCGUCCUGGCUCCGGACUACCGGCUGGCGCCGGAGAACAGGCUUCCGGCGGCCGCCGACGAUGCUUUUCGCGCCGUGAAGUGGCUCGCCGGCCGGGAGGGAGUUCUGGGGGAAGGGGUUGACUUUGGCCGGGUUUUCGUGGUGGGAGACUCCUCCGGCGGAAACUUGGCUCACCAUUUGGCGGUUCGGCUAAGAGCCGGCUCGCCGGAGCUGGCUCCGGUCCGAGUCCGUGGCUAUGUGAUGUUGGCUCCCUUUUUUGGCGGGACCGUGAGAACCAAGUCCGAAGCCGAAGGUCCACCGGAACCAAGUUUGAAUAUCCAAAUUCUCGACAGGUAAGCAAAAUUAAAUUUAAAAGUGUGAAUUUUUGAAAUGGUCAUUUCUAACAAAAUGUACGUUUUUGCAAAUCUGUACUCAAUCAGCAAUAUCUCUCAAUAGUCUUUUUAAUAAGUAUUUUACUUAAAUCUAACCUCAAAAAGCAAUAAUUACCAACAUACUCCCUCCGUCCUAAAUUGUUCUUCCCACUCACUUUUUACCCGAUCAAAUUUAAAUCACUUUCUUUACCUAUUUUCAUUAGAUAUUAGAUAAAAUAAUAUAGUCUUGUCACCACU